UUGUCAUUCUGGCAGGACACACUCCCACGAUAAACAGUCCGCUGUCCUCAAGACUUGUUGCUGUUUUUUUUUUUAACCCCUCGGGUUGUACGGUUUGUUCCUGGAAGCUUGCGGAUAUUUUAACUUUACCGGAGCAGGUUUAUUUUUUAUUUGUAUUUUACUUAAAUUUGGGGUUACGCAGCCUCGCGCGCUGCGGAUUCCGCCGGCUAUAACGAGCGAAAGCACCGGGACACACACACAACACGAGGAGUGACGGUGUCUGUGCCAGGCCCACUGGGAGAGGACGAUGGCUCUGAGCGAUGGAAUCAGCGACCCUCUAGCCCUCAGCAACGGUGGGCACCAUCCUCUUAGUGCCAGUGGGAAUGCGCCUUCAAACAUCAGUACACCAGUCAGCAGUGGCCAGGACCCUCUCACAUCUGCCUUUGACAGUGACUGCCUGACAGCCGAAGGAGAUGAAGAUACUACAGUUAAAGAUGCAGCAUCCAAGAUGCAGUCGCACGUUAUUCGGCGAGGGAGCAGACCGAGUCAGAACGGCGGCAUGGUCAAACAGAACGGUUCCCUGAGGAAUCUUACCCCAUCGUUAUCAUCAUCGGCCACCUCUUCCUCUCCUGCUGUCUCAGACUCCCAGAGGCUGGCCAGAAGUCACCUUCCCUCCACUAUGCCCCCAUCCUCUUCCUCUCCUCCGCUCUGUUGCCAGCACUGUCACUUCCCCUCUCCUUUGUGCUGCCCCUGUGGCCGGCAGGAGUGCCCACUCUUCCAGAAUCCAAGCCCGGGGCCCGACUCCAUUCCCCAUCCAGGGACCGCUUCAUCCUGCUCCUGCUGCCUCUCUGCCUGCACGUACUCUCACCCCCAUCCUCCUCACCCAUCUCUCCACCACCACCAUCAGCAGUGCUGGCAGGAGCACCUCCAGAGCCAGACACAUGCACCAGGGAUCAGCCCUGCGAGGCCUUUUCGAUUUCCCAAAAGCUAUGCUGAGCUAAUAGCUGAUUGGCCAGUGGUGGUGCUGGGCGUAUGCACAGUGCUUAUUGUGAUCUGUGCCCUGGUGGGCAUACUGGUGCCUGACCUGCCGGAUUUCUCUGACCCGCUGCUGGGUUUUGAGCCACGGGGAACUGCCAUUGGCCAGCGACUAGUCACAUGGAACAAUAUGGUGAAGAACACAGGCUACAAAGCCACACUGGCCAACUAUCCCUUCAAAUAUGCAGAUGAGCAGGCCAAAAAUCACCAAGAACCCCGGUGGCCCGAAGACCACUUUGACAGAGACAAACGGCAGGCUGAGUGGGACUUCAGUAAAGACUUCUUCUGUGAUGUUCCAGGUGACAGUUAUUCUAGACUGGUGUUCUCAUCAGCUGAAGGGAAGAACCUGUGGAGUAUCCAGGCCAUUAAAUCCAUGUGCAAUCUGGACAAUGCAAGAGUGCGUUCCCACCGUGACUACUGGAAUCUUUGUCAGCGCACCAAUGCUGCCGCCUGCUGUCCCAGCUGGACCCUUGGUAACUACAUUGCCGUCCUUAACAACAAGUCAUCCUGCCAGAAGAUAACGGAACGCGACGUAUCGCACACACUCAAGAGCCUACGCUCGUGUGCCAAGUACUACCAUAACGGCACACUGGGACCCGACUGCUGGGACAUGGCCCUGCGGCGGAAAGACCAGCUGAAGUGCGCCAGUGUGCCCCGCAAGUGCACAAAGUACAAUGCCAUCUACCAGAUCCUUCACUUUCUGGUAGACAAAGACUUCCUCAGUCCCAAGAGCCUGGAGUAUCCUCCACCUGUACUCAAGUACAGCAUGCUCUUCUCUCCUACAGAGAAAGGCGAGUCUAUGAUGAACAUUUAUCUGGACAAUUUUGAGAACUGGAACGCUUCAGAUGGCAUCACCACAGUCACAGGGAUCGAGUUUGGCAUUAAACACGACCUCUUUCAGGACUACCUCCUCACAGACACAGUGUAUCCUGCCAUAGCCAUAGUGAUCGUCCUGCUGGUCAUGUGUGUGUACACACGGUCGAUUUUCAUCACACUCAUGACAAUAAUAGCCAUCAUCAGCUCACUGAUUGUAUCCUACUUUCUCUACCGAAUGGUUUUCAACUUUGAGUUCUUCCCCUUCAUGAACCUCACGGCCCUCAUCAUCCUGGUAGGCAUUGGUGCGGACGACGCCUUUGUGCUUUGUGACGUGUGGAACUACACGAAGUUUGAUAAGCCGCAUGCUGAGUUGGCAGAGACAGUCAGUGUGACCCUUCAACACGCUGCCCUCUCUAUGUUUGUCACCAGCUUCACUACUGCUGCAGCUUUUUAUGCCAACUAUGUCAGUAACAUCACUGCCAUUCGUUGCUUUGGAGUCUACGCUGGCACUGCCAUAUUGGUCAACUAUAUUUUAAUGGUGACGUGGCUGCCCGCUGUGGUAGUGCUUCAUGAACGCUACCUGCCGAACAUGUUCGUCUGCUCCAAGCCUCAGCACCAGCAAAGAAGUUGCUGCACACAGAUGCUCUGGGCUGGCCUUUGCCAAAAGGCUAACAAAUGCCUCUUCACAUUUUCUGAGGCGUCUAGGAUCUUCUUUGAGAAGGUGCUGCCCUGCAUCGUCAUCAAGCUGCGCUACCUCUGGCUGUUCUGGUUCCUUGCCUUGACAGUCGGUGGGGCUUAUGUGGUUUGUGUAAACCCAAAGAUGAAGCUCCCCUCCCUGGAGCUGGCAGAGUUCCAGGUGUUCAGAUCCUCUCACCCUUUUGAGCGCUAUGAUGCGGAGUACAAAAAGCUUUUCAUGUUUGAGCGAGUCCAUCAUGGUGAGGACCUCCACAUGCCCAUUACUGUUAUUUGGGGGGUGACCCCGCUGGAUAAGGGAGACCCCCUGAACCCCAAAAACAAGGGAAAACUGAUGCUGGAUAGCAGUUUCAACAUUGCCAGUCCAGCAUCUCAGCUGUGGAUUCUCAACUUCUGCCAGAAACUGAGAAACCAGAGCUUCGUCUUUCAGUCAGAGGAGCAGGACUUCACCAGCUGCUUUAUUGAGACAUUCAAACAGUGGAUGGAGAACCAGGACUGCGAGGAGGCCUCUGUCUACCCCUGCUGCAGUCAGUCCACCUUCCCAUACAAACAGGAUGUCUUUGAGUUGUGCAUCAAGAGAGCCAUCAUGGAGCUAGAUCGGAGUACUAACUAUCACCUUGACAGCAAGACCCCCGGACCGCGAUUUGACAUCAACGACACCAUCAGAGCCAUAGUUCUAGAGUUCCAGAGCACCUACCUCUUCACGCUGGCCUAUGAGAAGAUGUAUCAGUUCUACCGUGAGGUGGAUGCCUGGAUCACGGAGGAGCUUCGCUAUGCCCCAGCAGGCCUCAGCCACGGCUGGUUCAUCAGCAACCUGGAGUUCUACGACCUCCAGGACAGUCUGUCAGAUGGAACGCUGGUUGCUAUGGCGUUGUCAGUCGCCGUGGCUUUCAGUGUCAUGCUCCUGACCACCUGGAAUUUCAUCAUCAGCUUGUAUGCCAUCCUGUCGAUCGCAGGGACCAUAUUUGUCACAGUUGGCUCUCUGGUGCUUCUGGGCUGGGAGCUCAAUGUCUUGGAGUCUGUUACCAUUUCAGUGGCGGUUGGACUGUCAGUGGACUUUGCUGUCCACUACGGCGUGGCCUACCGACUUGCUCCAGAGCCCGACCGUGAGGGCAAGGUGAUAUUUUCCCUCAGUCGGAUGGGCUCUGCUAUUGCAAUGGCAGCACUAACCACCUUUGUUGCCGGCGCAAUGAUGAUGCCCUCAACUGUACUGGCCUACACUCAGCUGGGCACGUUCAUGAUGUUGAUCAUGUGCAUCAGCUGGGCCUUUGCCACCUUCUUCUUUCAGUGCAUGUGCCGCUGCCUGGGGCCCCAGGGCACCUGUGGCCAGAUACCGCUGCCCAAAAAGCUGCAGUGUCAGACCUUCACUGAGACCAUGUCUAGCAGCCCCUCAUCCCAGGGGAAGAGUUCUGGUCUGGGGAAAUACCAGCUGGACAGCAGGGGUGGGGAGGUGGAGCAUUAUGAGCUGGAGCCUUUAGCAUCCAGUCAGAAAGCUGAAGAUAAACCGCGUGAAGAGCGUGAUUCGAGUACUCAGCUUUAUAACGGAAUCUCUCCUUACCACCACUCUGCUCCUUUUUCACACAUUCAUUACACGAGCGCUGACACCAGCAGAAACGGACCAGAGAACGGGCUUGUAGCCACACUGGGCACACCUUCCAGGUGCCAGUACUCCCAGAACACUAACUGCACAUGUGGGGAUCCUCCUCGUCUGCUUCAGCAGUGGAACCGUCAUUCCUGUGCGCAGCCUCCACAGGAUUCUCUCUCCUGCUCUCCCGCCCCUCAGCUUUUCCCCCUCUCAGGAAACCCCCUGAACAAACAAAACACAACCCUCUUACCUACAAACCUGGACCCGACCUACACACACAUGGAGUGCUGUAUGCACUACAUCCACUGUCCGCUCACCCAUUUCCACCACUGCUCGCAGGGAAGAGUCGUGACCCCCAGGCAAGGAGCUGCCCACACCUGUCAUCUCAGGAAGUACUGCAUCCAUACUGCAAACCUGCAGGCUGCCUCAGUUGGAGAACAGAGACCCGCGAGCCCAAACCAGGACACAGGCCCGGCUCCGGGACCAGGCUCUGGCUCUGAGACUGCAGGAGAAGUAGUAGUUCAUAGACACGAAAUGUCAGUUCCUGAUAGUAGCCAAAAUACCAGCACCACAGCCCCAAUGCAGCCUCACGCCCCAUGCCCCUCCCCCUCAGCAGACUUAUUACACAUAAGUUGUCGUGAAUGGGCGAGGGACAGCAGCCAUUGUUGUGAUAACCACGUAUCCACCACGAGAACUGAAACAGCAAUGCACAUGGAUGCUUGUUGCAAGGUCCCUGGCAACCAGGAGCAGCUUGAAAGUCCUCCAGUCACACGGGAGGAAGGUGUCAAGAUGUGUAAGCAGAACUCAAAAAGAGAGCGGGCGUCCUCUGCCUCUCCAAAGAAACUCAACUGUUUCAACAGGACGUUGAAAGUGAAGUGCAAUUCAGCUUCACAGUUUAACGUGCCAAAAAGUGAAGCCAGCGUGCCUCCUGUUGCAAAAAGCACUAAUAAUCAGUCUUCUGAAAGCUUAUGCUGACAUUAAGUAAAGUCAAUCCAGAACAUAAACCAAAAGUCCAAGAAAUAUUGUGCAAUCGUACAAGGUGUGGGGAUGUGUGUUAACCAAGUGCCUCAGUGUGAUUCAUAAAGCACGGACUCACUACGUAUAUUCAGUUUACAGUUUUGUUUUCUACGUACCAGCCUUUCACGUGCCAGAUUACAUUUGUGAUUGUUCCUUUUUUUUAACCUUGAAACAAACAAAUAAAGUUGCGUCAUCGUGGGAAAUUAUUGGCCUUUUUACAGGCGCCGCCAAGAAAUGUUUAUAAAUUGAGUGUUAAAUAUACACGUACAGCAGCCAUUUGCACCGACAUGAAAUCAUACAGUGUCUAUAGUGUAUUGUGUCGUCUUGAACAUGUGGCCAGCGCCACAUCUUACAAGCAGCUUCGAGUUGUUGCCUAUCACUUUUUGUAUUUGUGGGAGUUAGUGUUAAAUUCUCAGUGUACUCUUGUUGCCACAUGCCUCAGAUAAAAGC